AUGAUACAUUUUUUCUAUGUGCUUAAUAAUUUUCAUUAAUGUUAGAAAUUCAUUGAUUUCAUUAAUUAAAUUUAAAGUAAAAUAGUCUUGCAUUAUUUAUUUUACAUUUUGUUAUUUAUAAAAUAGAUGUAAAGAUAAGUCACGAUGAACAUGGAAUAUUUUAUUUCACAAUCUAUCAUAUUUUAUGUCUAGAAUAGGAUAAUGGUAUUAUAAAAUUGA